UUCAUAGAUCUUAGCGUGCAGCUGGUCGGAACACUCAUCGUUUAAUAAUAAUUUGCUAUUGUACAAUCCCAGCUGUAGCUCUACAGUGUGUAGAUAUAUUCGAUAUGAGAGUAGAAUCGAACAAAAAGUGAAAAUAUUCUGGUUAAACAUGAUUUUAGGUCGAAUGAACAGGAGUGUUAAAGUUUUGCUCCUGCUCAUUUUUGCUUCCUUGUUCAUUGCCUUGUUUUUUGAUAAAAUAAGUUUUGAGGGAGAUUUCUCAAAAUCAAGUAAAUAUAUUUCUUUAAACGAGAUCUACCUGAACAGAACACAUGUUUUAGAGAAACUGGAGAGAACUAUUUUGAAUCAACAAAUUAGUAUUCAGAACCUGUUGAACAAAAGCCUUCAAGUUCUGCAGGAGGACCUGGAUAACAAAGAUGAAACUAUACAAUCCUUGAAACUGCAGCUGGAGAAUACUAGAAAACUGGAAGGCGGCCCUGAAUCUAAAUUCCAAGAUCUAUCCAAGAUUCGUAUUGGGUGCAUAAUUACUACUCAUCCCGGAGUUUUAAGCGAGUUUCAAGCACUGGCUGUACAUGACACAUGGGUCCGGCGAUGUACAAAAGUAUUGUUUGUCACUUCCAGUGGUAGCCCUUUCCUUGAGAAGUUGAACUUCACGGCACGUAGUUAUUUCAAGGCUUCUGAAAAAGAAGAAUACAGCUAUUUCAAGAUAGACAUGAAAGAGGGUCGAGAGAGGCUGUGGGCUAAAACUAAAAUAUCUUUUGCUCAAGCUUAUUUUGAUUUUGCUUCAGAGGUUGAUUGGUUUCUCAAGGCUGAUGAUGAUUCCUAUAUAGUGAUGGAAAACCUACAAUAUUUUCUCUCCAGUCUGGAUUCCUCCCUACCCUUACUAGCAGGGUCCCUUUUCAUGUGCAGAUCCACGGUGAAAGAAUGUUUAGUGGAUGAAAACCAUGUUAAAGAUCAACCAUAUAUGUCCGGAGGAGCUGGUUACGUUCUUAGCAGGACUGCUCUGGAGCUGUUUGUAAAUGUUGGAAUUGGAAACAAUGAUCUCUGCAGGGAUGAAAGUUUGGGUCCUGAAGAUGUACAAAUGAGUAGAUGUAUGGAGAAUCUUGGAGUUCAUUUUGUAGAUACUAGAGAUAGGUUUGGUAAACUCAGGUUUAUUCACAUCGAUCUGACCGACAUUCUUAGAUAA